UGUAUAAAAGCUGAUGAUUGCAGAUGGAAGGCAUCAGUCUCUGAGGAUCCGUCUCAGCAUGAAGUUCCUCCUCCUAGCUGCGGCCCUGGUGGCCUCAGCCUCAGCCCUGGUCAUGAACGAUGACAAGAUCAAGAUGCUUAUCGGCAAGGAGCAGUUGGACAACUUGGACAUCAAGACCAAGGAGAUGCUGAUGAUGCGGCUGCUGAACCACAUGAUGCAGCCCACCAUGUACCGCGACAUCAAGGACUGCGCCCGCGAGUUCGUGCUCGAAGACCAUCUGGACAAGUUCAUCAAGCCCGAUGUGGUGCGAUUCUUCAUGGACACGUACAAGAUGGGCAUGCUGCCCCGCGGGGAGGUGUUCGUGCACACGAGCCGCAAGCAGAUGGAGCAGGCCAUCACCGUCGUCAAGAUGCUCUACUUCGCCAAGGACUUCGACACCUUCUUCCGUACCUGCUGCUGGCUGCGCGACCGCGUCAACGAGGGCAUGUUCGUCUACUCCGUCACCGUCGCCGUCAUGCACCGCGACGACUGCAAGGGCAUCAUCCUGCCUGCUCCUUACGAGAUCUGCCCCAACUUCUUCGUCAACAGCGACGUCAUCCACAAGGCCUACAUGAUGAAGAUGAAGAAGGGCAUGAUCGACCCUAUGCUUCUCGACUACUACAACAUCAAGCUCACCGACAAGAACGUCGCCAUCAUCGACAGCCGCAAGGGCGUCCGCCACACGCUCACCGACGAGGACCGCCUCGCCUACUUCCGCGAGGACAUCGACCUCAACACCUACUUCUACUACCUGCACAUGGACUACCCGAGCUGGAUGAUCACUGAGAAGAUGGACAAGGAGCGCCGCGGAGAGGUCAUGAUGUACAGCUUCCAGCAGCUGUUGGCCCGCUACAGGCUCGAGCGUCUCUCCCACGAGAUGUGCGACAUCAAGCCCCUGAUGCUGUCCAAGACCCUGAAGACCGGCUACUGGCCCAAGAUCCGACUGACCAACGGCGAGGAGAUGCCCGUGAGGAUGAACCACAAGGUCCUGCUCACUGAGGACAAGGUCGAAAUCAAGCGCCGCAUCGACGACAUCGAGAGGAUGAUCCGUGACGCUAUCCUGACCGGCAAACUUGAGAUGCGCGACGGAACAGUCCUGAAGAUCAAGAAGCCCGAGGACAUCGAGACCCUCUGCAGGCUGAUCCUGGGAACCCUCCACAUGAAGGACGACGCUAAGGUCUACCACCUCAUGACUCUGCUCAAGAAGAUGAUCACUUACAACAAGUACAACGUUAACACUUACACGUACAUCCCGACCGCCCUCGACAUGGUGCAGACCUGCCUGCGCGACCCCGUGUUCUGGAUGCUCAUGAAGCGCAUGACCGACAACGUGGUCCUCUUCAAGAAGCUGCUGCCCGCCUACACCCGCGACGAGCUCGACUUCCCCGGAGUCAAGGUCGAGAACUUCAUGACCGACAAGCUUGUUACAUUCUUCGACGAGAUGGACAUGGACAUCACCAACGCCCUCUACCUGGACGAGGCCGAGAUGAAGAAGGAGAAGUCCGACAUGCUGAUGGUCGCCCGCCAGCGCCGCCUCAACCACCACAACUUCAAGCUCACCAUCGACGUCGUCUCCGACAAGACCGUGGACGCCGUCGUGCGCGUGUUCCUCGGCCCCAAGUACGACUGCAUGGGCAAGCUCAUGGACAUCAACGACAAGAGGCUCGACAUGGUCGAGAUCGACAGCUUCAUCUACAAGCUCGAGACCGGCAAGAACACCAUCGUGCGCGACUCCAUGGAGAUGCACAACAUGAUCGGCGACAGGACGUGGACCAGGAAGAUGUUCGACCGCUCCCUAGUUGAGACCCUCGGCUCUGGAGACCACACCGUGACGGAGGCGUGGUGGCACCGCGCGCGCACAGGCUUCCCUCACCGCAUGCUGCUGCCCAUGGGCCGCCGCGGGGGCAUGCCCAUGCAGAUGUUCGUGAUCGUGACGCCCGUGGUCAAGGACAAGCUGAUGAACCUGGUUGACAUGGACACCAUGCGCGACCGCAAGGUGUGCCGCUUCACCGUGUGCAUGGACACGCUGCCGCUCGGCUUCCCCUUCGACCGCGAGAUCCGCAUGGCGCACUUCUUCACCAACAACAUGAAGAUGACCGACGUGAUGAUCUUCCACAAGGACAUGGACACCAUGAACGGCAGCAAGAUGAUGGACAUGACGCACAUGGUGAUGAAGCGUGAUGACCUCACCUACAUGGACAAGGACAUGUUGGUCAAGAGCCGCUUCCGCGACGCCUUCCUCAUGGACGACGACCACAUGACCCGCAUGUGAGGACACCACAAACAACCCAACCUUAAUGUUAUUUAUUAAGUAAUGGCAGAAAAGCAAGAUAAAAAUCCAAUUUGCUGCGGUUCAAGUGAGACUUAUUAGUACUAUCUAGAGUAGAAAUGAUCGAUCGACGUGUGCUUUGUAAUCGUUGUUAAGAGCUUUAAUAAGAACUUAAGUCAAACACUGCAAUAAAUUUAAUAAUAAU